AUGAAGAAGCCUUGGAUUCAAGUGCAUGUCACCUCUUGCGAUACAGAACAGGAAUCUGCGGCAACAUCAACAGUCUCCAAGAAGAAACAACAGGAACAGCGCAUGCGCGAAGGAAAGAGCAUGCGCAAUCAUGAGCAAUUUGAACCACAAAUCCCAGCUACGAUUGAAAGUGGAAGUGAAAAUGAACCUGAGGUGGAUUCGGAUUCGCUGGAACAUACAAAUGAAGAUGAGGAGGUAAAAGAAGAACAACAGGAAGAGAACAAGCAACAGCCUCGCCUUAACACCAGCAGCUCCAGCAGCAUCUCCAGGAGACAGAUCAAAGGCCACCCUAGCACCAGUGGGAGAGACUCUCUGAGGGGAAACACCAGUAGCAGCAAAAUCAGCGUCAGCAGCAGAGGCAGAGUCCAUCCCAGCAGAUGUGGAGCUCAUCCCAGGAACACCAGCACUGGCAACGAAGCCAGCACGAGAUUCAGCAGCAGUAGCAGCAGUGACAGUGUGAGCAGGAGAGAGAGGGGGAGAAAAACCAGCAGGAGAAGGUCCAGCAGCAGCAGUCAGAGAAACAGCAGCACCGGGAGCAGCUCCACUAGAAGCUCCAGAGAUGCCAGCAGAAGAGGCAGGGCAAGCACAACCAGUGGCAACACCGACAUCUGCCCCAGAAGGGGAAGGAGCAUCACCAUCAAGAGCAAAACCAACUCCAAAACUGACCAGAGCAGGAACAGCACCAGUCCCAGCAGAAACAAAACCACCAUGAUCGAGCAUCCCAGCAGAACCAAAACCACCAUGAGCAAGCAUCCCCACAGAACCAAAACCACCAUGAGCAAGUGUCCCAGCAGAACCAAAACCACCAUGAGCAAGUGUCCCAGCAGAACCAAAACCACCAUGAGCAAGCAUCCCGGCAGAACCAAAACCACCAUGAUCGAGCAUCCCAGCAGAAUCAAAACCACCAUGAUCGAGCAACCCAGCAGAAUCAAAACCACCAUGAUCGAGCAUCCCGGCAGAACCAAAACCACCAUGAGCGAGCGUCCCAGCAGAACCAAAACCACCAUGAGCGAGCGUCCCAGCAGAACCAAAACAACCAUGAGCGAGCGUCCCAGCAGAACCAAAACCACCAUGAACGAGUAUCCCAGCAGAACCAAAACCACCAUGAUCGAGCAUCCCAGCAGAAUCAAAACCACCAUGAUCGAGCAUCCCGGCAGAACCAAAACCACCAUGAGCGAGCGUCCCAGCAGAACCAAAACAACCAUGAGCGAGCGUCCCAGCAGAACCAAAACCACCAUGAACGAGUAUCCCAGCAGAACCAAAACCACCAUGAUCGAGCAUCCCAGCAGAACCAAAACCACCUUGAGCAAGCAUCCCAGCAAGAGCAAAACCACUGUGAAUGACAGUCCCAGCAGGAGCAAGACCACCAUGAGCGACAAUCCCAGCACAGUGGACAAAAAUCCCAGCUGA